GCCGCCAUGAGCUCUUCCGGCCCCCGGCACCUGCAGCCGCCCAGCCCCGCCGCCUUGGGCGCCUCGUCGCCCGCGCCCGAGAGACCACUGGCCCUGGAAACUCCAAUAGAGGAAACUUAUGAUCAUCUCUUGGAAGUCCCGGCCACUCGGGAGCAAUUAAACCACUAUCGGAAUGUGGCCGAGACUGCACGAAGUGAGCUUGCAGCAACGUUGGUCAAAUUCGAAGCUGCUCAGUCUCAGCUUCGGGACCUGCGAUCCAAAAUGCUUUCUAAAGAAGUUUCCUGUCAAGAGUUGAAAGCUGAAAUGGAGAACUACAAGGAAAACAAUGCCAGAAAAUCAUCUCUCCUCACCUCUUUGAGAGACAGAGUUCAGGAGCUGGAAGAGGAAUCAGCGGCGCUCUCCACUGCUAAAAUUAGAACAGAAAUUACCGCUCACUCUGCCAUCAAGGAGAACCAGGAGUUAAAGAAGAAAGUUGUAGCACUAGACGAGAAAUUACAACAAUGUUUGAAGGAAAACGCAGAGAAUAAGAAUCAAGCCUUGGAGAAUUGCAGGAGACACGAGGAAUUUCUGGCUCAACUUCGUGACUACUUAGAUCCAGAGAAGAAGAAUGAAAAGGCAUCAGAUGAAGAUUUAAUUCUAAAGCUUGGAGAGCUGGGCAAGGAAAAUGCAUUCAUGAAAGGACAAAUUGUAACUCUUGAAGAGACUGUAAAUGUCCAUGAGAUGGAAGCAAAAGCUAGCAGAGAAACAAUCAUGAGGCUGGCUUCAGAAGUAAACAGAGGACAGAAAAAGGCUGCCUCCUGCCUGGAAGAGAAAGACAAGCUGAACCAGGACUUGCUCAGUGCUGUGGAGGCAAAAGAAGCCCUUGAGAGGGAAGUUAAGAUCUUCCAAGAACGGCUGCUUGCUGGCCAGCGGGUCUGGAAUGCCUCAAAGCAGGAGCUGAGUCUCUUGAAGACAAGCUCUUUCCAGAUGGAGAAGAGUUUGAAGGCCAGUUUGGAAGCAGCAGCAGCCUCGCAGAGCCAGUACGCCUCAUUUAAGGAGAAGAUUGCAGCCCUCCUGGGGGGCAGCUGGGGCACAGUGAGGCCCACGGAGGACGUCCUUUUGGAGAGGAUUCGAGAGAUGGGCAGCCGGGAAGAGAGCGGGAAACGGAUGGUCUCCCAGCUUGAAGCCCAAAUAUCUGAGCUUGUUGAACAGUUGGGAGAUGAGUCUGGGUUUCACCAGAAAGCUCUACAGAGAGCCCAGAAAGCAGAAAACAAGUUGGAGACUCUUCAGGGUCAGCUGACACACCUGGAGGGAGAGCUGGUUUCGGGAGAUGUUUUGCGAGACAGCUUGAAUUUUGAGAAGCAAAAAUAUCUUAAAUUUCUGGAUCAACUUUCAGAGAAGAUGAAGUUGGACCAGAUGGCUGCUGAACUUGGCUUCGACAUGCGUCUGGAUGUAGUUUUAGCUCGUACAGAGCAGCUGGUCCGCCUCGAGAGCAAUGCAGUCAUUGAAAACAAGACUAUGGCCCACAACUUACAGAGAAAGCUAAAGACUCAGAAAGAAAGACUGGAGAGCAAAGAGCUGCACAUGAACCUCCUCCGGCAGAAAAUAGCCCAGCUGGAGGAGGAGAAGCAGGGGCGUUCGGCCUUGGCCGUGGAGAGGGACGAGGCCAAUCUCACCAUCAGGAAGUUGCAGAAGAAGGUGGAGAGGAUGCAGCAGGAGCUGAGUGUGUGUCGAGGAUUGAAUACUGAGCUCAAAGCCAAACUGGCCGACACCAAUGAGCUUAAGAUUAAAACUUUGGAACAGACCAAAGCCAUUGAAGACCUAAGUAAGUCCAGAGACAAACUGGAAAAGAUGAAGGAGAAAGCUGAGAAGAAGCUUCUAACUGUCCAAUCGGAAUUGGAUACGACAGAGCAUGAGGCUAAGGAGAGUAACGAGAGGUCCAGGAACAUGCUGGAAGUGGUAACCAGUGAAAUGAAGACACUAAAAAAGUCUCUGGAAGAAGCAGAAAAGAGAGAAAAGCAGCUGAUGGACUUCAGGGAGGUGGUUUCUCAGAUGCUGGGCUUGAACAUGACGGGUCUCGCUCUUCCUGACUAUGAAGUCAUCAAAUGUCUUGAAAGACUGAUCCACUCACAUCAGCAUCACUUUGUCUCCUGUGCCUGCCUCAAAGAUGUGACUUCAAGGCAAGACAGGCACCCACAAGGCCACUUACAACUUCUUCAUUGAACACCGUGUCUCUUGAGGGAGAUGGAGCUAUGAGAUAGGACACAAUCCUCAAUUUCAUAAAUUCCCCAAACCUUUGAAAUCUCAUCAGUGUGUGAAUAUUGUAUACUUUGAUGACAGAGUAAGGAUCUCAGAGAUGCCAAACUUAGGUAAAUGUUUGGCAUUAAAAACACCAAUUAUUUUAUUUGCUAGCACUUUGGGACCCAGGUGAAUUCCACCAGAUUGCAUACCCAGAAUGGGAAAUGAUGGUAGGGAAUUAACAUUGUGGGGUAUCCAUUAUGAGUCAGGGGCUCGACUACCCAAUUUAAUUCUCGCAAUAACAGUGUGGAGAAACUUGAAUGGUUUCAUCUUGCAGUCUCCCUGGGGCUCAGAGAGGUGGUCUUGGUUCCCUGCCUACAAUUGCAGUCAGUUAGUGACAGAACCAGAGUGAGCAGCAUGUUGGCUCUGUAUCAAAGGCUAGGCCUUCUCUGCUCCUUCACAGACCUCCCUUCUCUCCUGAAGUCCGGUGAUUCUGGUGGAAAUUGCCUGCAUCACAAAGGAAGGAAAACAUCUGUACAAGCAAGAAUUGAAGUCAAAAGUGACUGAGAUUCAUGAGCGUGACCUGCAUGACGUUAGAAAGCAAUACACCUAAUUAUCUGGAUGAAACAUACAUAGGUCUGAGGUCCUGUUGAAAAAAAAGUACCCGUUUUAAAUGUUGUUACCAGAUCGUAUUUGGUGGUGAUCUUCAAUGUGUGCACAGAGCUGAGCUCAGUACUUUAAAAAUGUAACUUUCAUGUGAAAUACCCAUAAGAUGAAGAAAUCCUACCGUUUUUUCACCAAUAUGUCAAAUGUACUGACAGCAGGGAUAUCUUUUCAGGAUCGUGAUUUUAUAAUGAAUUUCUAUCAUUUUCUUCCUUCCUUUUAAAUUUCUAUUUCACAAAUAUUUUUCAGGAAACCAUAUUCUUAAAUUCCCAAGAAAAACAUGUUUCUCUUUUGGGUGAUUGUCUUAUUUCUACCAUAUGAAAAUUUCUUAUAGCCCCUUAAAAAAGCAGCAGUGUCUGAUUAAAGGAGAAGGAAAAAUAGAUUACAUUAAGAGAAAACGAAAACUCUAGAAGAAUGGAAGUGAGUUUGACAUUUACAGUUUGAAUGGCAGACAACACGGAAGAAAUGUGACCAAGCCUCUCUGCUGGGGGUGGUCAUCUCUGCCUGGCUUUCUCCAUCGCGCGCAGGGUUGAUGCGAAGGAACAUUUUGCUACUGCACAGGCCUGACUGAAGACGUGAACUGGAUCUGCAACAGGCAGGGGAGGCAGCCGUGUGUUCUCCCAAGGGAAGGUCGGUGGUCUCUGGAGAUCCCUCCACAUGCUCCAAAGAUGCAGUGGCUGCUGCUCUGGACCUAUGUUCACCUGGAGUGAGGGAGGCGACAUCAUUGUUUGGGUCUCUGGGGGAUAGAGUUGCUGAGUGACUGCUCCCCCCAGGCCACAGAAAGCAGUCAUUGAUGGGAGGGCGGGCCCAGGGGUGGGGCAGAUUGAUUUUGGAUACACUCUCUGUUUUCAUUUUCCAAAUACAAUCUUUGAUGAAUUUCACUUAAUUUUCUCUGUGAAUUUGUUUUCGACACUCUUCAAAGGUACUUAAUGACAGCAUCACUUUAAAAACAUAAACUGUCAUAUUAUUUUUCCAUUUUGACUUAUCAUGAAUAUUUCCAGACUCAUGUAAGAGAUUAAAAUGGUCCAUAGUGAUUAGUCCUGUACUUUCUCUUUAUUAUACAAAAUUACAUUCCACUUAUCCAAAUAUAUAUUUAUAUAAUGUUUCUAAUCUAUGACUCAAGCAUGUAUACAACCAUCUUUAAUACAUGUUGAAAUAUUUAAAAUGUUUGAAUAUAAUCUUUAGGAGUUUCUGGUGGAAAGAUUGGGAUAUGAAAAAUAAAUUCUGUCUAUGUGUAUGUGUCCCUGUGCUCAUUAAUCAUUAGUCAUUUGGACAAAUUGAAAAUCCCUUCAUAAAGCCAUUUCCCUCCUUGUUGAAGUGCCGGUUGGCUGUCAGUUUCCCUUCUGUGGCCUUCCUUCCAGAGUUGGCAGGCCAGCUUCACAUUUUU